GAAACGUAGGGGACCUUUACGGAUGAUCCAAAUAGACAAGGCUGGUCUUGUUUACAUCGAAAUAUGUAGCGAAAUGAUGAAAGACAAUAUCUAACAGACAUCAAACCAUAUUUGCUUAAUAGCAUUUAAACCUAAAACAAAAAUAUACGAGUUUAGUAACAUCGUCUUAAGUUAAACCAACCAUACAUAAAUCUGGAUUUUUAUGGUCAUUUAUAUACGACAUUGGAGUUUAAUGUGUUAACUAAAUCGUUAUCAGAAUUCAAUUUGUGUUUCAAUACGAAAAAGAAGGUCGCUUAAUGUAGACACAUGCUUUCUUUAUCUUAACUUGUUUUUGAAUGCAGACAUAUUUCAAGGUUGUCAUUCAACUAUGCAAAUCAUGAGCCAGGGAAGUUAUUUGGAACGUAUUAAUGACAGCAUAUAGACGAAUAUUACGACAAAAAAUCACCGGCGUAGGUUUAAAACAGAGUGAUACAUUAUUGAAGUAUUUGAAAUAAAUAGCAAUACAUUUGCUGUAGUCUUUAGUUAGAGAUAUCGUUUCUCGGACAAGGAAGUUAAGUACCACAGGAAUAACUUAGUGCUUAUGCUUAGUUUUGAAAUAAACCAAAAGUAAAAAAAUACAAGAUGCCGUUCUGUGGACUUAAAAAGUCGAAAAAGGAGAAGAGGGAUCCGAGUCCACCGUUUGAAAGAAAACAACCACCUGACAAUAGUCAUGAGCUAGAAAGUUUACACAGAAAAAUUGCAGAAUUCGAAAAAGAGAACGGGAGUUUACAAAAAGAACUAAAGAAUAAAGAUAGAGAAUUAUCAUCGUUACGAAGAGAGGCUAAAGACUUGAAGAGCAAGGUAGAUGCUCUUAAAGAAGAAGCUAAGGAAGCUAAGUCUGCGAGAGAUGAAGGUUUGGUCAAGAAGGAAGAGGACGUACGCGUUACUUCACAGAUAUCGAAGGAUAUCAGAGAAGUCGAACGUAAAAUGGGGGAUCUUGACUUGCAAAUUAACGUACAACACAAACCAAAAGGAGAUAACGAAAGUGAGAAGAGUAAAUUAGAAGAAAGACUUCGAAAAGCCGAACAAGAACUUGAAGCAGUGAAGAAAGUCAAAGAUGCAAACAGAAAAGAAGCUAACGAAUCACUUGAAAAACUCCGCCAAGAGUUGGAAGCUUUACACAAGACACUGGAAACAGCUAAGACAGAAAAACACAAAGCAGAAGAGGACAGAGACAGAUUGAAGAAGGACAAGGACUCUCUCGAACAGAAAUUAAACUUCACGAGCAAGGAGCUAGAAAUAGCCAGAAAGGAGAGUCACAUUCCCCGGAGUCCGACAAGGGCGCCAUCUGACGAAUGGAAGGCAAAAAUAGAAAACGCGGAGACCGAACUGAACAAAGAACGACAACUUCGACAAGCAAAGGAGAGAGAAAACAGUCGACUGAUCAGCGACAAAGACCUUCUGAACCAGGAGAAUGGGGCUCUUGUGAAGGAGAUGGAUGCACUUAAGCACCAGAAAGACGAGGAAGCAAACAGGCAGAAGGAAGGCUGCAGGAACGAGGUUAACAAAAUACAGGAGCAGGUCGAGAACUAUAAGGCCAAACUCGCUCGCGCGGAGGAGGAAAAGGACAAACUGCUCACGCGCCUAAGCUCGGUGACUGCGGCGCGCGUGCUGGACGGAAAUCCAAACAUCGCUGACCUGAGCGAUCCCCAACGGCCACAGAAGAUCGGGGAGCAGCUGUCCCAGGUGUAUGAUGACCAGUGGACCGACGCCUCCGAGAAUCUCGAGAAACUAGAAAUGGAAGAGGAAAAGAUCCUGAAGACUCUGUUAGAUUUGCUUGUUACGAUAUACAAGCAUUGCCAGGAGGCGGCAGAAAACCAACAAGGCCGGAUCGACGAGGAUCUGUUCUUACCGCCCAUGGAAGCACCUCCGAGCCCUGACACAAACGGCACGGACGGUUUGAGGAGUCCUACGGGCUCCAAACACUCCAUGUCUAAGAUUCCAAGGUUUUCCUCCCAUAAAAGUAGUAGACCCACCCUGCCGAACCUGUCCACGGAAAAGAAGAAAGUUGAGAACGACUCGCCGGGCAGAGACAAGAGUAAGAAGGCCCAUUCUGUGCCAAAGUUGAAGGGUGAAAAGCUACCGGAAGUUCCAGUCGAAGUUCGCCAGGGUAUUAAGGAGUACCGGAAGAAGGUCGCCAAGCAAGUGUGGCCUGUAAUUGAAAAGGAAGUCCUGAACAAGUUACGGCGCUCUGAUGAGUUCGGGGACAGAAUUGUGGACGCAUGUAAAACUUACAUCACCAAGUGUGUGGAGCUGUGUUGGUUGAUGCGAAUCCAAGAUCCGCCCGUCACAAUUCACUGGGCCGCCCCUGAAGAUGGCGCCUUUAAUUCCGACGUCUACCGAGCAUACACCAAAACCGGAAAUCGUGUUGAGUAUGUCGUAUGGCCGGCUGUUUACCUUCAUAAGGGCGGACCCAUCCUGAUGAAAGGAGUCGCACAGGGAGCAAGCGAAAAGAAUUGAUCAUGAUGAUUUUAAUGAUAAAUUGACACUUUGCUGGUUGGUGUUCAACGUUUAAGGAGGGUAUUUCACUGUCCUACAUCGAGACACAUACAGAUAUAUGCAAGAUGGAUGAUUGCCGUUUAAAGUGACACCCAAAAUGAUAUAUCCACAAUAUGGCUUUAAAUCAUAUGUAUAUAUAUAUAUAUAUAUAUAUUUAAGUUACUGGUAAACCCUUAUCUAUAUAUAUAGCAUUUGGUAACAUGAUGAAUGUUUUGGAAGAAGUAUAACAAUUAAACAAAACAUUUAAUAUGUUUUCUGUAACCAUUUUUAUGAAAGCAAUCAUAUAUAUUCAUAUACAAGUAGCUCUUAUUAUUUGUUCAAAUAAUCUUGCCCGAAUAAGUCUGUACGCAUAAACUAUGAGUGCCUUGUCUUAUAUCAUUUGUGACUUUACUAUAAUGUGUCUCAAUCAUUUUGUUUAACUUGGUCUGAUGUAAAAUAUUGUACCAUUUUAGCGUUUUAUCAGAAAUGUCAAGCUAAAUGCUAUAUGUCUCUUUAUGCAACCAAACCCUUAUGUGUAUUUUGUGCAAUAUGUUUGUGAAACAUGCACAAGUAUUUUGACCUCAUCCUUGAUGUCCCGUCACUUCUUCGCUACCGAAGAUGCGUAUGUACCCAUUCGGGGAUGUGAUUUGACAGCGGAUUCAAGGAUUAAAGUUUUUGUUUACUAAUUCAAAAAAAGUUAAUUGGUUGCUUCUGGUAGUUACUUUAUAUUGCGUCAUUAAUGAUUCUCCAGCUUGCUUAAUACAUGAAAUCAGGAGAGCCCACAAAAGAAAAGGGCAGUUUUGCUUCUACUGCAGGUUCCCUCGCCCCACUGGAGGCCUGAAGAGGUCCCUGAAUCACAUCCCUGCCACUAUAUGUUGCUGCUAAGAUUGACAUGUCCAUACUAUAUAAUGCCUGCUAUAGUUAUUGUAUUGCUUUUUAUGUGUACAUGUUCUUUUCAAUUCUUGUCUUAUGCAUUUAUGUAAGGAUCCCUGUGCACAUUUCAUUUAAUGCUUUUCACAUCUAAUCAAGGUCUUAAUCUAUGUUUGUAUAAAAUAUUCAUGAAAAGAUAUUUUAUUUCUCUACAGUUUGGACAGCUUGUGUUGUACACGUCAAUAUUUUAUUUCAAAGUUCGCCUUUGAUACAAUAAUAUAAUACACGGUAUUGGAAUACCUAUAUAUUUCGUACAUAUAUAUAUUCAUUAAAAAUGAUUCAUAGAUAAAUAUAUAUCAACAAGACCAGUAACUCUGGCGGACCUAACAACAGCCUUGAAAGUUGUGCAGUUUGUUUUGUAUUGGUUUUGAAACUAAACCGAACAACAAAAAUGUUUUGUGAUGCUUCAAUAUUUCAUAAAAAAAUAUUUCAACAACAUGUUAUUCAAUAAAAUGACUGUACAUGCAUUUUCAUAUCUAUAGUCUAAAGCAUAUUUUACAUUCCAAAGUGUAUUGUGAUAUGCUUUGCCUGCCAUGCCGCAAUGCACCAUUUGUAUUUUGUAUGCUAGUAUACUACUCUUGAUAUGCGAAAAUACCAAGUUAUUUAAACUUCGUUUAACAAAUUGUAUGGUAAACGAUUAUAUAAUGAAAUAAAUGAUUAUAAAUACAA